GUCAUAAGAUUAAGUAAGUCUUUCUAACCAAUUUUCAGAUUCCAGAGUUCAAAGUGGGAUCCUGAACUAUGUCAACAUUCCUCAUGCAGGCAGCCCCCAAUGGCAGCACUUCAAUGGCCCCCACUUUCCUGUUGGUGGGCAUGCCGGGCCUGUCAGCUGUACCCUCCUGGUGGACGAUACCCCUCGUCGCUGUCUAUCUUCUCUCUGUUCUGGGCAACAGUACUAUCCUCUGGAUCAUUGCCCUGGAGCCCACCCUGCACUGCCCAAUGUACUCCUUCCUCUUCCUGCUUAGUGUGUCUGAUGUUGGCUUGGCCACAGCCCUGAUGCCCACCCUGCUGGGUCUUGCACUUGCUGAUGCCCAUGCGGUCCCUGCCUCAGCCUGCCUCCUACAAAUGUUCUUUGUCCACGUCUUUUCCAUCAUGGAGUCCUCUGUCUUGCUCGCCAUGGCCUUAGAUCGGGCACUGGCCAUCUGCCGCCCUCUUCACUACUCAACACUCCUCACUAAUGAUGUCAUUAGCAAGAUCAGCCUGGCCAUUGCUUUUCGAUGUCUGGGUCUCCAUCUGCCCUUGCCAUUCCUCCUGGCCCACAUGCCCUACUGCCACCCACAGGUCCUGACACAUUCUUAUUGUUUGCAUCCAGAUAUGGCCCGAUUGGCCUGCCCAGGAGCAUGGGGUGCAGUCUACAGCCUCUUCGUGGUCCUGUCAGCCAUGGGAUUAGACCCUUUGGUUAUUUUCUUCUCCUAUGGGCUAAUUGGUAGGGUAUUGCAAGGUUUGGGAUCCAGUGAGAAUCGCCGGAAGGCUGGCCAAACCUGUGCUGCCCAUCUCUCUGCUGUGCUCCUCUUCUACAUGCCCAUGAUCCUCCUGGCACUCAUUGACCAUCUUAGGGUGCCAAUCCCUCAGCCUGCCCAUACUCUUCUCUCUUAUGUUCACUUCCUCCUUCCUCCAUUGAUAAACCCUAUUCUCUACAGUAUCAAGCUGAAAGAGAUCAGAGAAAGAAUACUCAAGAGGUUGCUGCCCAGAAAGGGGGUUGCGGCUCAAUGAGGAGGAUUCCUUUUCACCUUUGGUAGUUCAAGGCU